ACCUGCACUAAACAAAUAACCAUCUCACUAAUCUACCACCUCACCUAGCCCGUGCGCAGUGAGCGUUGGCGCUUCCGUCCCCUCGCAUCCUUGCUCUACCUCGCGCCUAUUUCUUUUGUUUUCGCAGCCACGUCGAGGCGGGCUCUUUCCCUGUAGCUCGUUGCGUGCUGAACGCAGCUGACCAGCGACCGCGAUGUCUGAAUUCCUAGGCUCUCGCAUCUCGCUCAUCUCCAAGAGCGACAUUCGCUACGUUGGUGUCCUCCACGAGAUCAACUCUGACGAAUCGACCGUGUCACUUGAGAAUGUUCGUUCCUACGGUACAGAAGGCCGCAAGGACCGUCCAGAGGAGGAGGUUGGCCCUUCUGACUCCGUCUACGAAUAUAUCGUCUUCCGUGGAAGCGAUGUGAAGGACCUCCGCAUCGAGGAGCGUCCGGGCGCCAAGGAGAAUCAGCCCCCAGCGAUGCCUGAUGACCCAGCAAUCGUCGGAGCCACAAGAAACCGCCCUGGUCCUCCCGGUCCUCCUGGGCCUGGACCUCAAGGACCCAAGCCCGGGCAAGGUCCUGACUUCAACCCGUACAACAUGCCCCCGCCACCAUUUGACCCCUCAUACGGUCCUCCUGGCAACUGGGGACGUGGUGGGCCCCCCCCUCCGGGCCCUCAAGGAUUUGGCAACAUGCCAUAUCCUCCUCCACCUGGCUGGUUUGGCCCUGGUCACCCUGGGCAAGCCUUCCCUCCAGGUGCUGGCGGACCCGGCCCCGGGCCUUGGGGAAAUCAGCCAUUCCCUCCUGGCCCUCCUGGCCCCGGCGGCCCGGGACCUCAUCAACCGCGCGGGCCCCACGAGCAGAAGCCAGCUUCUCGAGGUCCUGUCGACCAGCCGCCGCAGCAGGCCCAGCCGACCCAACAGUCGCCAGCGGCGGCCCGCCCGCCGACAAACGCACCAGCCCCUCCCGUCGAGUCGAAGCCAUCGACGGAAGAGGUCAAGAACACAGCUGCCAACCUUGCCGGGGAAGCAGCGAAGGCUCCCGUACCCAACAAGGCACCUCCUGCCGGACCUCGUCAGAACCGAGUGAACCCAGUCGUUCCCCUCGGCUCUUUGACAAAGCCUUUCCAGCCGCCCAUUGCUCAGCAACAACCACCAAAGGCCGCUGUUGAGACCACCGUGUCAGCAGCCCCUGGCAGUGUCCAGGAUGCCACCAGUGCCGCUCGUGCUGCGGUAGCUGUGGCCAUGGCCCAGCUCGGUAACGGCGGUGCCAACCAGAUGGACAAUCUGACCAACAAGGUCAACGAGAUGCGUGUCGGUGCUGCCCGUGGCGGAGCUUCUGCACCCAGGGGCCGUGGGCGUGGCGGUCGUCCUCAGGGACAGGCUGCCAAGGUGGAGGUUCCUGAUUCGGACUUUGACUUUGCCCAAGCCAAUGCCAAGUUCAACAAGGACGACCUCAUCAAGGAGGCCAUCGCUGGCUCACCGCUCGGUGAGACUACAAACGGCGGCGAGGUCCCGCCUCCCGAGGUCCCACAGUCAGAGGACGUGCCUGUCGCGUACAACAAAACGCGGUCGUUCUUUGACAACAUCUCGAGCGAAGCUAAAGAUCGGGCCGACACCAGCAGUGGCGGCCGGCCUGGUGGUCGCGAGUGGCGCGAUGAGGAACAGCGCCGCAACAUGGAGACCUUUGGUCAAGGCAGUGUAGACGGCGGGCACCGUCGCGGGCGUGGUCGCGGACGCGGUCGGGGUGGCCGUGGUCGUGGCGGCCAAGGGCGUGGAGGGCGCGGUGGGAACCCACAGUACCAGACCGCCGAGGGACAAUAGCUGGCCCAUACGAGUUUGUGUCUGAGCUUUCCGAGUUUUUACGUGUACAACUAGUACCAGAUGAGUGCGAGGCUCGCUCGCUCGAGUCGGGUUGCCUAGCACGGAGCUUCCGGCGUUUUGGUUUUACGUUUGGGGCAGCACUGAGCGAGAUAUGAUACAGAAAGGUCCUUACUGGGGGUUACAUUUUUAUGAGCAAUGGGAAACAAAGGAUCACGCAUAGGGUACGGCCAGAGGCUGGCUGUUGACCAGGUAUGGAUGGGGGCAACUGAGGACAGACAGACAGACAUGAAGAACGCAGAAAGGGGGGAGGUUGGCUUGGCGCCUGAGCAUUGGGAUACGGGUUUCCUAGCGUGACUGACCGAUGCAAUCAAUACACUCGUCAAGCCAUCAUGAGUGCCUUUCUGGUCCGAAAUCUGGUGAUAUCAUGAGAAUUUGGCUGUGCGUUGAAGAUACCUCUGAUUAUUAGUGCAUGCUUGGUAGGUGCGAUGCUGCCCCACCAA